AUGUGGUUACCAACGUUCGGCCUCGUCGCCGGCCUCCUGGCCUCCGUCGCCCUCGCGACCAACAACACCAACAACGCCCUCCAUGCCUGCGCCGCUCUCUCCUCCGUCCUCCCCGGCACCGUCGCCUACCCCUCCUCGCCCGCCUACGCCGCCGGCAUGUCCUACUGGUCCGCCCUCCCCGCCACCCAGCGCCCCUCCUGCCUCGUCACGCCCUCCACAUCCACCGACGUCUCCCUCGUCCUCACCACCCUCAUCCACACCAACACGCCCUUUACCUUUCGCGCUGGUGGCCACACCGCGCACGCCAACGGCUCCAACAUCAACUCCUACGGCGUAAACGUCGACCUCGCGCGCCUGCGCACCCUGCGCGUCGCCCCCGACCGCGGCUCCGUCUCCGUCGGCGCGGGCCUCCGCUGGGGCGACGUCUCCGCCGCGCUGGACCCGCUCGGGCUCGCCGUGCUCGGCGGACGCGACGCCGACGUCGGCGUCGCGGGCUUGCUCCUCGGCGGCGGCUUCUCCUUCUUCUCCGGCCGCCGCGGGUGGGCCUGCGACGGCGUGCUGGCGAUGGAGGUGGUGCUGGCCUCGGGGGAGGUGGUCCAAGCGACCGCGGGGAAUGAACACCGGGAGCUGUUCCGCGCGCUCAAGGGCGGCGGGGGCGCCAACUUUGGCGUGGUCACGCGCUUCGACCUCGCGGCGUUCCCGCAGGGCGACGUGUGGACGCGGACCGUCGUGUGGCCGGGCGACGCGCGGGCGGCGAUCGCGGAGAAGGCGAUGGGGCUGGUGACGGAGGGCAUGGAGGCGGAUCCGGACGCGCACGCGUACUUUGUGCGCACCUACCAGCCCGACCUUGGCGGCUUCGUCAACCUUGCAAGCUUCUUCCAUGCCGGGCCGGUGACGCAAGGGGAAGACGCCUCGACGACGACGCCGGCCGUCUUCUCGCCGUUCGACGAGAUCUCCGGCGCGCUCUCCAACGUCACCGCGGUCGCCAACGUUACUGCCGUGACCUCCUCCAUCUCGACGCCGUACGGGCUGCGCCGCGCGUGGUCCAACCUCUCCUUCGCCGCCGGCUCGCCCGCCCUCAUCUCCGAGCUGCUCGCGCUGUGGGACGCCUCCGUGCUCGCCCUCCUCCCGCGCGCCGACGCCGCCUACGCGCCGUUCGUCAUCUACCAGGCGGUCUCGCGCGGUCAGCUACGCGCGUCUCGGCGGCGCGGGCCCAACGCGAUGGGCCUGGCGCCGGAGGACGGGCCGAUGGUGGUGAUGCACUUCCUGACGGGCUGGGGGGACGCCGCGCUGGACGGGGUGGUGAUGCGGUCGACGCGGGAGCUGGUGCGCGCGGCGGAGGAGGCGGCGCGGCGGCGGGGGGCGCACCGGGAGUUCGUGUACAUGAACUACGCCGGCGAGUGGCAGGAUGUCGUGCGGCGGUACGGGCCGGAGAGCUAUGCGCAGCUGCUGGGGACGUCGCUGCGGUACGAUCCGAGGAGGGACUUGCAGCGGCUGUGGAGGGGGUAUUUCAGUUUUUGA